AUGUCGUGUCACGUCUCUCAUGGUGACUGUCUCGUGCCUUGCCUACCACCUAACUCACUGACUAACCAAACGGCUUACUUAGCACCUAACCAAGUGGCUGACCAAGCACCUAACCAAAAUGCUGACCUAGCACCUAACCAAAAUGCUGACCUAGCACCUAACCAAACGGCUGACCAAACGUCUUACCUAGCACCUAACCAAGUGGCUGACCAAGCACCUAACCAAAAUGCUGACCUAGCACCUAACCAAACGGCUGACCAAACGUCUUACCUAGCACCUAACCUAAGAUGUAACCCACUCGCUGCUUUGCCUUGUCCCUCCUCCCUUUGUUGCCUUGCCCUCACUCCCAAAGGAGCCUGCUUCAUCCCACCUUGUCGGUGGACUGAGGCUGCGGACGCCUCCCACCAUGUCCCUCUUGCACCUCUAAAAUAG